AUGGUCAAAAUAUCGCUGUUCGUAUCGACAUGCCUCUCGUUGGCCUUUCCAUGUAGUGCAUUGGCACCGGCUGCAACGGGCUUGUCCUAUGUCGUUCCGCCUCCUGCCGGAGAUGGGGGAAAGGCAUGGAAGGCAGCCCAUUCACGUGCACAAGGGCUGAUUGCCCAAAUGACAUUACAAGAUAAGGUGGACCUUGUAACUGGCCAGGAAGGAGAUUGUGCAGGUCAAACAGGAAACAUCACACGGCUUGGAAUUCCACAGAUGUGUUUUCAGGAUGGUCCUGCAGGACCUCGACCUGGAACUAUCCAAUUUCCUUCCGGUGUGACUACAGCUGCUACCUGGGAUGUGGAUUUGAUUUACGCAAGGUCCUUGGCCAUGGGUAAAGAAUUCUACGACCUGGGAAUCCACGUGGCUAUGGGUAUCAUUACUGGUGGACCGCUUGGCCGUUCUCCGAGAGGUGGUCGGAACUGGGAAGGAUGGUAUGCUGAUCCGUAUGGUACCGGAAUCGCAUCUUGGCAUGGCGUUAAAGGCAUGCGAGACUCGGGUGUCCAGACCCUAGCAAAGCAUUUCAUUGGAUACGAACAGGAGACUUACAGGAACCCGUUCAAUUUCACAGAACCAUAUAGCAUCUACAACGCAUCUGAACAGGUCCCUAUCUCCAGCAACAUCGACGAUAAGACAACCCACGAGAUAUACAUGUGGUCAUUUGCCGAGGCUAUUCGUGCUGGUGUAACACAUAUCAUGUGCGGGUAUAAUGCUGUCAACGGGACUCAUUCGUGUGCCAAUUCCGAGUCUAAUAACAAGCUGUUGAAGACGGAAUUGAAUUUCCAAGGGGCUCUCGUCAGUGAUUGGGGAGCCACCUGGGGAACCCAAGGAUUUGUUGAAGGCGGACUCGACGCUAAUAUGCCAGGCUCGGGCUUUGGUAGCAUUCUUGGGAAAUUCUACGACAAGGAGCUCUACAAUAUGGUCCAGAAUGGAACAAUCAAACAAGCUCGCUUAGAUGAUAUGGUUACUCGAAUGCUCAUUCCAUUUAUCGUGUCGGGUCAGAUCGACAAACCUCUUCCAUCCACUAUCACCACAAUUCCAGGGAUGAUCAACCGCCCGGUUACUGCAUCUGCUGAGGUUGAUGGAAAGACGUUAUCAGCCGUUGAAAUAGCGCGGAAGAUCUCUGCUGAUGGAACUGUUAUGCUGAAAAAUACUGGCGCACUGCCUCUCCGCAGCCCUCGGAACAUUGCAAUCAUUGGCCAAGAUGCGGGACCGAAUCCUCUUGGUAUCCAAGGGUGUGGUGCAUUAUACCGUAACUGUGGCAUCCUGCAGAAUAACGGAACACUUAGCCUUGGUGGCGGAUCUGGAUACACUUGGGCAAUCAACCUGGUCACACCCCUGGAGGCAAUCCAAGCCAAAGCACGAGAAACCAACACUUUCCUCCAAUAUGUGAUUGAUAAUACUGCUGAGGAUCUAGUAUAUGACACCUUGACUGGCAAUGGGCUUGCGAUAACUCCUCCCGAUGUUUGCCUUGUCUUCGCCGACAGAUAUCAACGGGAGAAUAUGGAUCGCAACGAUCUUGGCCUGAACAUCGGAAACUGGACACGGUCGGAAGAUAUUAUUCUGGAAACCGCGGCCAAUUGCAACAACACGAUUGUGGUGCUUCAUGUUGGCGGCCCGGUGAUCAUGGAAGCCUGGAUCGACAACCCCAAUGUAACUGCUGUGCUUGCUCCUCUCUAUCCUGGCGAGCAAACGGGACCUGGCUUGGUUGAUAUUCUCUGGGGUGAUGUUUCUCCAAGUGCCAAGUUGCCCUUUACAGUGGGCAAAAGCGAGUCAGAUUAUCCUCCACACACCAUAUCGGAAGAUCACAGCAUUGCACCCCAGGCAGACUUUACUGAAAAGCUGAAGAUAGACUAUCGGUGGUUUGAUACGUACAACAUUACCCCUCGCUUUGAAUUUGGCUUUGGUCUGUCUUACACUGCAUUUAAGUACUCCAACAUCAACAUCGAUUCGAAGGAAUCUCCGGAUAAACACUCUAUCCAGGCCACCAACGAAGAGUUCGUCGGUCAAACCGCUGGCCAAUCUAUUUACGAUGUUAUUGCUACGGUGACAGCUGAUAUCACUAAUACUGGAAAGCAUACUGGCUCCGAGGUAGCCCAACUGUACGUGGAGUUCCCCGAGAGCGAAGAGGAACCUCCGAAACAGCUUCGAGGUUUCACGAAGAUCAAGAAUAUGGAACCUGGCCAUCGUCGGAAGGCAUCAUUCCCUAUCCGCCGGAAGGAUGUUAUGAUCUGGGACGUGACAGAACAGAAAUGGCGGUUCCCGAAAGGUGAAACUGUCAAGUUCUAUGUCGGCGCUUCCUCGCGCAACCUGCCCCUUGAAAUUGCACACAGUCUGAGUGGUUGA